CGGCCAUUCAUGUCGCAGGAGGACGACGCAGCCCCUGUAGUGUACAGGUUAUACUCGGUCCUUGUGCACUCUGGGAAAUGCAGCACAGAGGGACAUUACUACUGUUACAACAAGAUCUGCGAUGGGAGAUGGUUCCGGAUGGACGACGACUUGGUGACGCCAGUCGACACCAGGGUGGUCAUGGAGAAACAGGCAUACAUCCUCUUCUACGUCAGGUCCCCAGAGAUGAAGGCCAUACCCGUGUGCAGUCAAAUCAACGGCGGCCAUGGGAAAUGGCAUCAAAAGAGGCGGCAGCGACGACCCUGACCCCGGAGAUCAACCGUGAUCACUGAUGGAUGAUAUCACACGAGGGACGUGGUCAAGUUGCUGCCCCUGCCACCACCGCUGCCACCGCUGCAAGGGCGAUGCACACCGGGUCCUGAUGAAUAC